AUGGAGUACUGGUCAUCACGUUUGAUGUUUCUCCUUACCCUUGUACUCCUUCUUUCUCAAUCUUUAAUCGACUCAUCUACUCCUUCACCUUCCAAUAAUUUCUUGUGUCAUCCUGCCGAGAGCUCUGCAUUGCUCCAAUUCAGCAACUCCUUUAUCAUCAAUCCAAGCAUGGUCGACUUGGUUAGAAUGUAUUUAAUGAAUCCGAAGACAGUCUCUUGGAAGAAUGGCACAGAUUGUUGUUCAUGGGAUGGAGUAUCAUGUGAUCAUAUUUCGGGUCAUGUCAUUGGCCUCGACCUCAGUUUUAGCGGUCUUCAAGGCACCCUUUUCUCACUUCUCCAUCUCCAAACUUUAAUCCUUGACCUCAAUAAUUUCUCUUGCUCUCCAAUUCCUCCUGAAAUUGGCAGUUUUGCCAACAUGAAAACGCUUAGUCUCUCUUCUGCCAACUUUUCUGGUUAUAUCCCUGAAGAGAUUUCUCACCUCUCUAAACUUUCUCGUCUCACCAUUUAUGGUGAUGUCGCAGAUUGUCAUUUUUUGAUGGGGCCAUUUGUCUUGAAAAAAAUGCUUCAAAACUUCACCAAUCUCAUGGAACUUACUAUGAAUAACAUCGACAUGUCUAAUGUUGAACUAGUUAGUUCUUUCAUGAAUGUGUCUUCUUCCUUGACGACUCUUGUUCUCUAUAGGGAAAUUCCCAGAAAAUGUCUUUCGCUUACCAAAUCUUCAGAACCUGAGAUUAGGAAUCAAUCCAUAUUCACCUUUUAG